CAACUCCUUAACUAGUCAUAUUAUACGCUAAUUUACCGACUCCACAAACCCUCGUCACAAUCUCGACACCAUGAUCUCGACGAAAAGCUUACCCUUUGCUCGCAACACGUCCGAGACUUGCGCCUCUCGCCACGGAAUCAGAGUAACCCUGCACCAACCUCCACCAAUAAUCCCACCAAACAAUAUACCCAACCCAAACUACAUGCCACGCGUACAGAUGAAACCAAGCGAACAGUGCUAUCAAGCGUGGAAGAUAAUGAGCAGUGGCACAGACACCCGUUACGUCUUAUCAGACGUGUUCCAGUGCGUCGCCACUGAGAAAAAAACCAGUAGGCUAGUUAAAUAUACUGAUCAGAUGUAGUUCAUAACUUCCAGCCAUACAAUAUUCAGCAAGACGUGCUAGGCUU